GCCAUAUUCUCAAAGACAUUGGACGGUCGAGAUGGACGUACUCGACGACUGCGAGGUCGCGCUCAAGGCCGGUGGCAGCGGCCAGGAGACCGCCAUCAACGACAUCCUUGACCUGCUCAGCGCUCCAGCCGAAGGAGCGCCGGACGCCGUGAAGAGCCGUGCGGCGCAGAUCCUCGCUGCAAACUUCAAUGAGGUCGCGGACAUGGCCGAUCGCAUCGUCGAGACGCUCGUGGGCAUGGGCGCGGCCGGUACCAAGCACGCGACAUCCGUGCGCAUCCACACGAUCGUGAGCUUGUCUAAUAUCGUCAAGCACGCAACCGAGCCCUUGGCGCCGGCGGCCCUUGAGCAGAUUCGCGACUUUGCCUCCGCGACGCUCUCGACCGAAACCAGCGGCGUCAUUGUGCGCCACCUCACGGGCUUGACCAAACUCGUCGGAAGACCAAGCGCGAUCAAGGCCAAAGUCGCUUCUCCUCCUACUACGCCCAAGCAGGACGUCGCGCCAACGCCGUCGCCGUCGCCCUCCCCGCCCCGUACGACGGACGCGUCGCCUUGCGCCGAGUCUGGCCGCCUCGAUGCGCCGCUCACGGCAGAAGAGGUGCUGCAGCGUGAGAGUGAGGCACGGCGCGAGAAGUUCCGUCUCGAAGAGAAGCGCCGCCAGGAUAGGCGAAAAGAGCUUGCCGUGCCGCCGACGCCGUAUCUGUACAUUCGCCACUUCCCGAGCGAAGCGACGCCUGCGCAGUUUGCCACGUACUUUAACCACGUGGACCCAGGCAUGAUGCCACGCGACGUGGUGCUGCACUUGGCCAACGGCGCACGCCACGCGUUUGUCAAGUUUGGGACCACCGAGCUCGCGACGAAAGCGAUCGCGCUCUCGGCGGAGAAGGCCUUUGACGAGACUUUUUGGCUGCCGGUCGCCUACGCGCGCGGCCCGAUCGUCUCGACUGUUGACUUUCACAUUUACGGCAGCUCGUUCCCGACCGACUGGACGAAGCACAGUACGCUGUGGGCGCACACGGUCUCGCACUUUGCGCGCAAGUACGGCAGCAAUAGCAGUCACUGGGCCGUCCGGUCGCCCGGCGUCAUUUGGUUUGCGUCCAAGUCGAUCACGCAGCACCUCGUCUUGAAGGGCGUCCAGAUCGACGACAAGCAGCUCGUCGUUGUUUACAACGUGGCCGACCAGCGCCGCGGCGACGGGCGCAUCGGCGACCGCACCUCGGACGAUGGCAAGAACAGAUCCGACGACCGCGAGCGCAAACUCGACCCGCCGCCGCGCGCCAACGAGCCGUCGUCGCGUCGGUACGGCGAGCCCGAAAUGUCGCGGUAUGGUCCAGUUGGCGGCAAGGACGACCGCCGGUCCGGCUCGGAGCGCGACCGCAGUCCCGUGCGCAAGCCAACGGUGGGCGAGCUGGCCAAGGAGCGGUCGCGGUCGCGGGACCGACGUGCUUCCCCAGAGCGCAUGCGUCGCGCCAGUCCACCGCGUGGCCGCCCGGCUGCGCGGUCGCGGUCGCGAGAUGGCCCCAUGCGUCGGUCGCCGCCUCCGAUGCGUCGGUCGCCACCACCGAUGCGCCCGUCGGUGCGAACGUUGGCGCGGUCGCCGGAGCGUUCCGCUCGACGGUCACGAUCGCCCGUGCGCCCCGCUAUGCGGUCCCCGGUACGUCCGCGCUCGCCCAUGCGUCGGUCUCCGGUGCGCCAGCGCUCGCCGCCGCGUCGGUCGCCGAUGCGUCCGCGCUCGCCCAUGCGCCGGUCGCCCAUGCGGCGGUCGGUCGGCCGUCCACGCUCGCCCAUGCGUCGAUCGCCCAUGCGCCCACCGUCGCCCGGCCGUCCACGCUCGCCCAUGCGUCGGUCGCCGCAACCGCACGUGCGUCCGCGGUCUCCGAUGCGCCGGUCUCCGGUGCGUCAGCCGUCGCCGCCCCGCUCUCUUCCGAUGCGGUCGCGAUCGCGGUCGCCCAUGCCCAAUCCGGAUCGUCGAUCGCGCUCCCGGGAGCAGCGGCGUCUCGGGUCGCCGAUGAUCCAGCAAGGCCGCCGGUCGCCGGGUCGCGCGCCACCGAGUCGGCCUCGGACACCGUCGCCGCGUCGCGACGUCCCUCGCCCGCAGCGGUCCCGGUCCCGCGACCUCGAGCGGCGCGAGAGCAGCCUGCGCAACUCGCCGCGCCCGGCCACACCCGAGCGCCGCCCCUCGCUGCGGGAUGACGUGAGCCGAAGGGACCGCGUCGAAGUGCUGCGCCAAGAAGAAGGGCGGGUGCUGCCCCGCACCAAUUCGGCGCGGUCUCAGCGAUCGCGGUCGCGGUCCCGCCCCGCCCGGAGCGCGGCGGCCCGACCGAGCUCCAGUGCGAGUGACGUGGCCAAGCCGACGACAACGAUCAAGGCCGAGGCGCGGGACACGCGGUCGCUGGCCGAAAUCGCGCGCGAGGCGGCGGCGAAGCGCCCGUCGAUCUCGGAGACGCACAACGUGGUGCGCGAGCAGCCGGACUACAGUAACGUGGUCUUUGACCCGCUGCCGGUGGCCAAGGAAGACGGCCCGAUCAUGGCGCCGUUGCUGCAGUCGCUGCGCCAGAGCGGUAACGACACGCCGCGGUCGGUCGCCUCGGACGACAGCUCGUCGCUCUCGAUCAAGAGCCUCCUCAACCCCAAGCCCGUGCGUCGGGGCGUCGAGCUGGACGAGCUGGCCGUCGACUAUGAUGAUGACGACGACGAGUAG